GGGUGUGUAUCCUGUAAGAGCUGUAGUUUCAUAUAUACCUUGUGAAACCUGUUUUCCUCUCCAUUACGUCUGGCCCUUCCACCGGCUCGAUCUGGCUCAUCUAUCGUCAAUCAUCAACAUCCCGUUUUAUCAAGGAGUCACAAAACUACACCCAAGGGCAAAGAUGCUGGUUGUACUCCUCAUCAUGGGGGGAUUACUUCCCCUAAUCCACGCUGAUGAUUUUCCACUCAGCAUGUUAUCAGUCGAAGACAGAGUAAUCACGGGCCGAUUCAUCAACUCCCUCCUGCUGAGUUUGCCUCCCUGUACCUACGCUGGCCAGAGUGUGGACCUGGAGUACCUGAAUUGCUACACCAAUAAAAGCUACACCUUGCACAACAUUUUCACGGUUCGAAACUAUAAGAGCAUCGGCGACCUGACAGGACCAACCGCAUUCAGCAGAAACAUCGGAUACCAGCUGAUGAACCUCACCAAUGGCACACAGUACAGGAUUAGCUAUAAAAUUGGAAUGUACAGAAGCACCCCUCUGAUGGCAACUACAAGAACAGUAUCUAGCUACACAGAAAUCGAAGUUGGCUUUCCAGGACGCAGCGCAGCAAUGGUGGUGAUCACAGUCAUCCUGUCCGUGGCUGCGUUUAUCCUGCUAAUUGGGAUCAGCAUCAGUACGUUGGUGUCCCCUAGUGAUGAGUAAAACAACGCUUCACGUUCAGAAAUCAAGUCUCAUUAUACAUCAUUAAAUCAUUAUACACUUCACAAAUAUACACUGCCACAUGGGGUGUUCAAAGGCUUUUGACUGACAGUGAAUAGGUUCAUUUAUUCCAUUUCUUUCUUAAGACAUAAUAAAAUAAAUACUUAAACUAGCUAUCAAGCUAAGAAUUUUGUAGAUUAAAUCUUUUCAUAAGGGCUAUGCCUUUCACAAUCAUUCUGCUGUAGAAAGGUGAUUUGUUUCUCUUUUUUUUUCCACAAGAUCUUUUUUCUUUUGCUGUAACAUAUUUAUCGUCUACUUUAAUCACAACAUGACAAACGCACUGACAACUGUUUUGUUGAUCAUUUCAAUACAAACAAUUCUUUCUCAGUAAUGUGUUGUUUUCUUGUAAUAUACUGUUAUAACUGGUAGAGUAACUGCAUUCAGAUUUAUUAAUAAAUAUUAAUAUGA